CUGAAUAAACAAAAAUUACAUGAAUUCCAUAACAAUUUCAAGCACCAUUUCAACCCCAAUUUUUCAUCACACCACCAACAAGAUAUGUACAGUAUUCAGUUCGAAACAAGGGGUUGAUCAGUUUGGUGGUUUAACUGUCAAGGCAAUGCCGGAGGAAAAGGCGUUAACCGACACAAAUGGAUCCAGUGCUAAAAAGGUCCCACAUGUUCUGACUGUGGCUGGCUCGGAUUCAGGAGCUGGUGCAGGAAUUCAAGCCGAUAUCAAAACUUGUGCUGCACGCGGAGUCUACUGUUCCACUGUGAUCACUGCUGUUACUGCACAAAAUACCCUUGGAGUUCAGGAUGUGAGCAUUCUUCCAGAAGAGUCGGUUGCAGCACAAUUUAAGUCUGUGCUGUCAGACAUGCGGGUUGAUGUUGUGAAAACGGGCAUGCUUCCGUCUAUCACUAUGGUCAAGAUUCUUCAUGACAGUCUAAAGCAAUUUCCUGUUCAAGCUUUGGUGGUUGAUCCUGUCAUGGUUUCUACCAGUGGAGAUGUGCUUGCCGGGCCUUCAAUGCUUGACACGUUCCGGAAGGAUCUUCUUCCUAUGGCUGACAUUGUGACCCCAAAUCUAAAAGAGGCGUCUGCUUUACUUGGUGGUUGGCAAUUGGAGACGGUUAGUGACAUGCGCACUGCUGCAAAAUCUUUACAUGAUUUGGGACCACGAAAUGUUCUUGUGAAAGGAGGCGACCUUCCUUCUUCCUCAGAUGCUGUAGAUAUAUUCUUUGAUGGUAAUGAUAUUUAUGAAUUACGUUCAUCACGGAUACAAACUCGAAAUUCUCAUGGAACUGGUUGUACCAUGGCAUCAUGUAUAGCAGCUGAGUUGGCAAAGGGUGCUUCAAUGUUAUCAGCUGUUAAGGUAGCAAAACGAUAUAUUGAGACUGCCCUGGAAUAUAGCAAAUGCAUUUAUAUUGGAAACGGACCUCAAGGUCCUUUUGAUCAUACAUUUAAGCUAAAGAGGAACAUUUUAAGCAGGCUGCAACCGUUUGAUCCUAGUGAUCUCUUCUUAUAUGCCGUCACAGAUUCAGGGAUGAAUAAAAAAUGGGGUCGUCCCAUUACAGAUGCUGUUAAAGCUGCCAUCGAAGGAGGUGCCACUAUUGUGCAGAUAAGGGAAAAAGAUGCUGAAACAGGAGAUUUCCUAGAAGCAGCUAAAGCAUGUCUUGAAAUUUGUCGUGCCCAUAGCAUCCCUUUACUGAUCAAUGAUCGGAUUGAUAUUGCAAUGGCUUGUGAUGCUGAUGGAGUCCACGUUGGUCAAUCCGACAUGCCAGUCCACACUGUACGAGCUCUUCUUGGGCCAGAAAAGAUUAUUGGUGUAUCAUGCAAGACACCAGAGCACGCUCUAAAAGCAUGGGCAGAUGGUGCUGAUUACAUAGGAUCAGGAGGCGUAUUCCCUACAAACACCAAAGCGAACAACCGGACCAUUGGUUUGGAUGGUCUGAAAGAGGUUUGCUUGGCUUCAAAGCUACCUGUGGUGGCUAUUGGCGGCAUCAAUCUCUCGAAUGCGAGAUCUGUGAUGGAAUUAGGGGUGGUGAAUCUGGAAGGGGUGGCUGUUGUUUCUGCCCUGUUUGAUAGAGAAUGUGUUUCUGCGGAGACAAGAAAACUCCAUGGUUUGUUGACGGAAACCGUUGCAAAAGUAGGAGCAACUGCUAACUGAAGGCUCCUUAGGCUUGGGGGUUAUGGUAAAACAAAGAAAAUGUGGUUUUCGCUGAAAAACCAUUUACCUCAUAUGCAAAUGCAAUAUGUGAUGAUACUCCCUCGUAAUAAGUUACACAAGUGUUUGGGGAUUCGUUUUGAAAGGUUUCUAUAACAAAACAACAAGAAUCAUGUAAUUAGCUGUGACAUGUUGCAAGUGUUGGUGUUUUGACUGUUUUAUUUUUCUUUAGGCUGUAACAAUAGAAGAUCAUCAGUUGUUUGAACUUAAAUAUCUGAUGGUGGUUGAUUAUUGAAAGAGAUUAAUUAUCAUA